GCCAUGUAAAACACGUUGAGGUCUGGCAUUGGGGCAGUGUGCAGCCGGAUGUCGUUGUCAAGUGGUGUAUGGGUUUGUGUGGGUCUGUGCGACUCGUGACUUGACGCGCGACGAUGACUCAUGUGCCCAUGUGGUAGUGUAGCUGCACCUGAUGAUUAAACAGACAGCGACACACAUCUGCACCCUCACCCGCCACCACACACCAUCACUCACCAUCUCUGCCCGCAAUGCAGCACACGCCUGUUUUGCGCCAUCGCUCCCGCCGUAGUCACAGGGGUGGAAUGGGCUGGAUUGCUUCUGCUGCUUGUUCUGUUGCCACUGAGCGUACCAGAACUUGCCCUGCUUAUGCCAGUGCACGCCCGUGAUUCCACUCUUGGGUGGUGCCCACCCGCCGCCCCUCUCCGUCCUGUCCCCCCACACCUGCUUGGCCAGUGCCUCGGCUGCUUCCUGAACCAUGGAUGCGUCGAUUCGUUCAUCAGACUCGGCUGGCGGAUGGUUCUCUCCCACCCACCUGUGCCUCCUUCAUCCCCAUCUUCAGGACGCAGAAUUCCUUGAUGUAACGAUUCUCAUCACCGGGCGCCUGCACUUUCCACUGGUUGUUAGUCGAGUCGAAGGUCACACCGGGCUGGCGGGACUUGUACACUCCAGACGGGAUGAUGGUCAUGUUGUUGGGUCUGGUCGACGUCAUGGGUUCGAGGGGGACGGAUGGAGCGGGAUGCUUGUGGGGCAUCAUGUCGGACUCAGUGCGAGGGGGCAUGACUGCACAGAAACCAGAGCAAGUAAUGGGGACUUGUCAUUCCGUGCACUGCACUGCCGUGGGCGACCUCACCGGCAUUGAUAGCGCGGCGCUCCCGUCUGUCCUUGAGGUCAACCCAUCGACGACGCUUCUACACAGAAACGGACCAUCACAUCCAUACAAAUGUGUGCGUCUGCCUCUCCUGAAUGUCUUACCUCAGCACGACGGUCUGGAUUGCCUUCUUCCUCGGCAGCGGCCGCACACUCAGACUCACCCUGCCAACAUAUACACACACACACACACACACGCAUGAGACAUAUGUUACACCAAUCCAUCCGCACCUCCCAGGUGAGUGCGGCCCUUUCCUCACCUUGUUGCUCGGUCCAGCUCCCUCCUCUUACGCCCUCCCGCCUCACGCCCUCCGGCCUUACGCCUUCCCGCCUUACGCCCUCCCACGCUCCUGCCCGCUGCCUUGUUUGCCGUUUUGCGGCUCUUCUUUGCCCUCCCUCGGCGGCCCGAUGCCUUCUCCUCCUCCUCCUCCUCCUCCUCCUCGCUGGAUGCCUCGUCAGCGCCGCCCUCCCACUCCUCGUCAUCCCCCACACCCGCUGUGCGGUGCCGCUUAUUGACCUUCUUGUGGGCCAGCAGGGCACUCAAUGGGUAUUCGUCCUCGUCUGGACCGUCCAGCUCCAUGCUCACUGAGAUCUUCUCGCAGCGGUGUGUCGGGGGCUGAUGCAGCGAUGGCCAGCUGGGCGGCGGCGGCGGCGGCUCUGCGGGUAAUCGGGGGGCCGGGAAUGGCUGCGGCGUCAGGUAUGUCGGACACAUGGUGGUGCUGAACACCUUCUCCCCCCUUAAUCACACUGCCACGUGCUCUGUCGACCGCCAUUUGGUGAAUGUGACGGGCACUGGGCACCGCAGCGAAGACGGCCCCGUCCCAGAGGUCCAUAGAAGCCUCAUCCAUGGUGAGGGAAAACAGCCG